GGAGAGGUUCGAUUCAUGAGGGAGGAGUUCAGUCCAAUAAAGUCCGCCGAGGAGCCGCAGCUGCUUGAGUUGUUGUUCCCCGUCAUUGGAGGCGAGUGUUUUGCUCGUGUGUCGUCGCUGUGAUCCGGGUCUUUGUCUGUGGACUGGACGUCAGAGGAAAGUGGGCCAAGACAGUUUCACCUGCGUGUUCACAGGUGCCGUUCGGAUCAACAUGAAGCUCCUGCUCCUGCUGUGUCUGUUUGCCCCCCUGACCCUGUACGCGCAUAAAGAUAAAGGGGUCCCGUCUCAGUCGUCCUCCUACGGCGAGCGGGGAUCAGAUCUGGGCAUGCAGGUGUUCCAGCAAGUCGCUGCCUCCAAGCCUCUGGACAACGUGGUGUUCUCCCCCCACGGAGUGGCUUCCAUCCUGGGCAUGCUGCUAGCGGGAGCCCAUGGAAGAACCCGGAAGCAGAUGGUCAGCGCGCUGCGUUACAAGAAGAACGGUCCCUACAAGAUGUUGAGGAAACUGCACAAAUCAUUGACGGCCAAGUCGAACCAGGACGCCGUGCUGAUUGCCAACGGCCUGUUCAGUCAGGAGGGCUUCUCUAUGGAGCCCGGCUUUGUGAGGGAGAACAAAGAAAACUUGGAGUGUAAAACCAGCAGCCUGGACUUUAGCAACCCUCAGGCGGCGGCUGAUGAAAUCAACGAAUGGGUCAGAAAUAGCACCAGAGGUCACAUCUCUGGCGUGAUCAGAGCAGAUAUGCUGGACCCGGCUUUGACCCGUCUGGUUGCUGUCAACUCCAUCUACUUCAAAGGCUUAUGGAAGGCACGCUUCCUGCCCGUGAACACCAAGAUGAAAGACUUCCAUGCGGCCGACGGGACGGUAUCUGCAGUUCCGAUGAUGUCCCAGUUAUCGGUAUUCAAAAUGGGCGUGGACUCCACCCCGCUGGGAGUGCGUUACAGCGUGAUUGAGCUGCCCUACGAAGGUAACCGCCUCAGCAUGCUGAUCGUCCUUCCGUACGACGAGGACACGCCUCUGUCCAGGAUGAUCCCACACAUCAACACGUCCACCGUGAGGGACUGGACUCAAGUGAUGCGCAUGAGGAAGGUCCACCUCGUCAUCCCCAAGUUUUCUGCCGAUGCCGAGGUCGAUUUGAAAGCUCCUCUUUCAGCGCUGGGUCUAACAGACAUGUUCAGUCAGGGCCGAGCUGACUUCAAACACCUCAGUGCUGAGGCUGUGUAUGUGUCCAAUGCACUCCAGAAAGCCAAGAUUGAAGUAAACGAGGAUGGAACAAAAGCAUCUGCUGCCACUACUGCCAUUUUGAUGGCUCGCUCCUUUCCACCCUGGAUUACUGUGGACCGACCUUUCCUUUUUCUCAUCAGACACAACCCUUCAGGUACCAUUCUCUUUGUCGGCCAGAUUAACAAGCCUUGAGCCCAGGUGUCCAGCCAGCAGAGGGAAUGCACAUACACCAACAUGCAUAAACCUGCAUGUACAUACAAACACACACAUUUUGCAGUAGAUUUGUGAAAUAUGGAAACAUAUUUGUUUUAAAUGUUGCUUUUUAUGUUACUCAUUUUCUGUAAUGUGUAACAUGUUUUUAUUUUUUAUUUUUUUCAGUUUAGCAGCAGUUCUAUUAUUUUUUUAUUGGUUACAUUUUAAAGUAAUUGUUGUGUAUUUUUUUAGGUUUGGUGCAGGAUAAUGUACAAUGCCACUUUUUCACGUUAAUAUUUCUCCAGUCACUUAAAAGUUUUACUUGUGUUAAUGUACAGCUUCAGACUAUUUUGAAGUCUUCUGUUACCAAGCUUGCUUUAUAUUUUUUUUAAAUAAAUACACAUUGUUAUAACACAGUCUUAGAGCGUUACCUCUAAUUCCGACAUUCUACUGCGGAGUGAUAGAACGAGUGUCCAAUUUCAACUAAACGGUCUAAUUCUGGAGUGGAACUCGGGUUUUCAUAAUUCUGGAAUUCUCUUUAAUUUUGUGGCGUUUAAAAUUCGAGUGCUUUGUUGCUAUAGCGUUUCUAGAACUGUAAAAUAACUUGUUUACAUUUUUGAUUGGGUUUUGGAGAACGUGAAAUCCCAGUUUUACAUUGAUUUGAGUAGAGGCGCAGUGUAAAUGUGCACUUCCGCAGAAAACGGAUCCGAAGAUGUAGUUAUUUUCCCUGUAUUUCAGGUAAAACAUUACAUUGUUAAAAAAAAUGCAUUUCUUAAACAUUCUUAUGAUUGUACCCUCCAUGCACUUGUGUUGUAAGUGAAAUGUGAUUAAAAUAAAUCGCUCACAUUCCGCUCA